UCCAGAGACAACGCCCCUGAUUCGAGACAGAACACAGAAGAGAGCAGAUUCAAAUCCUAUCUCCAUCAUCAGCAAAUUCAGUUCCCGAUCUUUGCUAAACACCAAACAACAAUCAGAAGAGAAACAAUCGAGAAAUUCUCCGAAUUUUUGGUUUCUGGGUUUCGGAUAAUUCGCAAGCAAUGAGUCACUGAGUUUAUCUACUUCCCCUUCCCGUGGAUCAGACAAAAGCAUGGGUGUAGUCGGAGUUAGCAGCGGCGGUCGUUGCGGAGUAGUAGCUGUUGUGCCUUCGGGACAGAAACCUCCAUUGUUGUCUGUGAUUGAUUCCUUGUCUUGUCCAUACCCUUCGAUCAAACCCAGGUUUCAUCCUUUAAGAUGUAGAGGAAGACCGAUAUCGGAAACUUUCUCCUGCAAAUUCAGAGUUCAUGCCUCGAAUUCUGGUGUUGGCUCCGGCAGCUAUGGUGGUGAGGAAGAUGGACCUCAGAGCAGUUCCAUCGGCGAUCAAUCCCACGAUAGCUCAUUUCAGAAGUUAAAGCCUCCUGGAUGGAUCCCUUACCCUUUAUCUGUAGCUCUUGUCCUAAUAAGUUGUGGUUUAGUCUUUUCGAUCAUCGCAUUUGUGAAGGGAGGGCCAUCUUCAGUUCUAGCUGCUGUAGCAAAGUCUGGAUUUACAGCCGCCUUCUCGCUGAUAUUUGUUUCUGAGAUCGGAGACAAGACAUUUUUUAUUGCUGCUUUGUUGGCCAUGCAGUACGAGAAAACUCUGGUUCUUCUAGGUUCCAUGGGAGCUUUAUCUCUUAUGACUGUCUUGUCAGUUGUUAUCGGGAAGAUAUUUCAAUCUGUUCCUGCUCAGUUCCAAACGACAUUGCCAAUAGGAGAAUAUGCUGCUGUUGCACUUCUUGUGUUCUUUGGUCUGAAAUCUAUUAAAGAUGCAUGGGAUAUUCCGCCGGCAGAGGCUAAGAACGGCAAGAAAGGCGGUCAGGAACUUGAUGAAUUCGUCGAAGCUGAGGAACUCGUCAAAGAAAAGGUUUCGAAGAGGCUCUCAAACCCGUUUGAAAUCCUCUGGAAGUCAUUCAGUCUCGUGUUUUUCGCUGAAUGGGGAGACCGGUCAAUGCUCGCUACCAUCGCCCUCGGGGCUGCACAGUCUGCGUGGGGAGUUGCGGGUGGAGCUAUAGCCGGACACUUCUUGGCGACGGCUCUGGCAGUUGUGGGCGGAGCUUUCCUCGCAAACUACAUCUCUGAGAAACUUGUGGGUUACUUGGGAGGAGCUCUGUUCCUUGGUUUUGCAGCGGCCACAUUCUUUGGAUUCUUCUGAAGUAACAACCCUUCUUCACAGUGAUGAUGAUAACAGAGGAGAAAGCUCAGGCGGAGUUCGUUCUUCCCUUUUAGUUAUACAUCUGUCCUGAACAUGAGCUAUGAGCAAAACCCAUCUGUAGUUUUCGUUUCCAGUUUCAAAGUUGAGAAAUUUCAGAUUCUCCGUGUAUCAGAUGAUGUAGAAAGAAACGAUUUUUAUUACAGUAAUGGUUCUUUCCGGUUCCAAA